UCACUCUUUUCAUUAUCUUUCCUGAAUCUUUUUUGGUUUGUGUUAGUGUUGGCAAGUAGUGAUGACAUAAUCCUCCUUUGAACCACAAAAAAUAAAAAUAAAUAAUGUAUCGCCAACCACAAAAGAAACCAAAGAUCUAACACAUCUUAAAACAUCUCCAAUCUCCCCAACUCCUACAUAUUUCCCCUCGAGGGACCUUGAUUAACUCACGAUAACCUCCCUCACCACUAUUCUCUCAUUUAUUCUCUCACUCAUUUCGCAUUGAUAACCCUCGUGUUAUGGCUCCCAGAAAAGCCGCAUCCAGCACGACAGCUGCUGCAAAGCCCAGGGAAACAAGAAAAACGGCUCAAGAACCCGGGAAGAAAUCAUCUACCAAGGCUGUACCUAAAGCUAAACCUGGUCCCAAGCCUGGCUCUAAAAAGACAAAGUCCCUUGAGAAAACCGAAGAUGUCAAGGUGAACGGCGUCUCACCUUCUGCUAGUAGCGAAGUUGACGAAGUCGACGCGCCCAAGAAGCGCAAAGCGGCCGCCGAUGAGGUCGCGACGCGCGAACCUAAGAAGGCCCGAGUCGUCAAGGCGCCUGUCGUCAAGCCCAAGAUCGUCAUCAACCAGGCUCCUACACAGCGAUUGAACGUGUAUGUUUGCGGCGAAGGGAGUUCCGGAGAACUUGGCCUUGGUGCUGGCAAGAAUGUUGUUGACGUGAAGCGCCCACGCCUCAACCCGCAUCUGCCUGCAGACACGGUUGGUGUCGUCCAGAUUGCGACUGGCGGAAUGCAUUGCGUUGCUCUCACCCAUGAUAAUAAGAUCUUGACCUGGGGCGUCAAUGACCAGGGCGCGUUGGGUCGCGACACAACUUGGGAUGGGGGCUACAAAGACAUCAAAGAAGGUGAUGGGAGCGACUCAGACUCGGAUUCCGAUAGUGAUAGUGGUCUGAACCCGCGGGAAGCAACUCCUGGAGCCGUUCCGUCUGAAUCAUUUCCCGAAGAUACUGUUUUUGUCCAAGUUGCUGCCAGCGACAGUGCAAGUUUCGCGCUUACUGAUGUUGGAUCUGUCUAUGGCUGGGGUACAUUUAGAAGCAACGACGGCAUCUUGGGCUUUGACGGAAAAUCCACAGUCCAAAGAACACCCGUCCUCCUACCCACCCUCAAGAAAAUCAAAUACAUUACCUGCGGUUCCAACCACGUGCUCGCUCUCAACGAUAAAGGCUCCGUCUUCGCCUGGGGUUCCGGCCAACAGAACCAGCUAGGCCGCCGCAUCAUCGAGCGCACCAAAAUCAACGGCUUACAACCCCGGGAAUUCGGCCUUCCCAAAAACAUGGUCGGCCUGGGCUGCGGCGCCGACCACUCCUUCGCCAUCCACAAGUCCGGCAAGGUCUACGCGUGGGGCCUCAACAGCUUCGGCGAGACGGGCAUCCGCGAGGGCGCAGGUGACAGGGAAGCGGCCAUUCUCCGCCCAGCCGUUGUCGAGUCCCUGACAGACAAAGACAUCAUCCAAAUUUGCGGUGGCUCGCACCAUUCCCUCGCCCUUACCGCCAAGGGUGAAUGUCUUGCCUUUGGCCGUCUUGAUGGCUUCCAGACCGGCAUCAAAAUCGACUCUUUGCCUGAUUCAUCCGUCAUUCGCGAUGAUAGGAACAAACCGCGUAUCCUCGCCAACCCCACCCAUAUUCCCGAUAUUGACGCCUGUCAUAUCGGUAGUGGAAGCGAGCAUUCCAUCGCUAUCGGUAAGGAUGGACGCGCGUGGUCGUGGGGCUUCUCUGCCAACUAUCAAACUGGGCAGGGGACUGAUGAGGAUAUCGAAGUCGCGUCCGUUGUGGAGAACACUGCUGUGCGCGGGAAACGCUUGAAUUGGGCAGAUGCUGGUGGGCAAUUUUCCAUUUUCACCGAGAUUGCUCUCGACACGGCAAAUUCUUGAAUUAAUUUGGCAGAUGGCUUGUAGAGUUUCCUUUUCCGAUUUCACCGAUUUAUUUAGUAUCUCCCGUCUUGGUUUUAUUUUGUUUUGAAAAUUGUUUCUGGCAUUUUUUCCCCAAUUUUUUCUGGUUUUGUUCUAUUUCAUGUUUUUUUUUGCUAUUUGCAUGGGAUAAGCAUGGAUUUGAUUAAGCUUGUUGUUUCCAUUGGCUUUUUGUUGCAUGCAUUUUAUCUUCCCACUCGAUGCAUUCUUCACCUAUUUUUGUUGAAGUUCAUAGAAAUAUUUCGGAAGUCUCCUUUAACAUUUAGUUUACCCAAAGCUUUCUUUUUCCCGUUCAAGUCCAGCGAUCCAUUAUGUUUUUCUACUACUAUUCUCUUCAUUCAAACACUGUUUUAACAUUGUUUUUAUCAGAAUUUCAAGAAUUGUCUUCUUUCACUUUCGAACAAAAGGGUUGGAAUGCAAAUGGGCAACACCAAAAAAACAAAAAACUCAUCAAAUUCCCAUUAUCACUUAUCAUCAAAUUGUUCAGUUCUUUAAACUAAAAUUACGGGUGUCAAAUAUCAUAAUCAUCCAUUGCAUCCAAAUCGUCAAAAGCGCUUACUGGGGGUAGUCCUGAACCCGAACCCUUCGCCAUGGCGGUAGUCGUUGUACUGGGUUUUGAUUCCAGUCCUGAUGGCAUCCCAGCACCCUCAUGCUCAGCCAAGAGAGCCUCCAACUCAUCGUCUUCGGGUGAGUUUUCGACAUGCCCCGCUAGCUUAUUAAUAUCCACAUGAGCAUUAUCGUUGUGAUCGCCCCGGACGAAAAGGUCGUCAUCGCUAUCUGCGUUGUAGUGUUCCGCCGCCUUUCCCUUUCCGCCUUCCCCACCGCCGAAAAUGGACGGUAUAUGAUUUUCUGUGGAACUAUCAACGGUACUAUUGUUUCUCUGGACUGGUGAUGUUCUCGGGUCGCGCCGGGCGGUGUUUGUGGUGGUAGCCGGAAAUAAUUCAUUGUCAUUUUCGGUUUGCGGAUGUCCAUCGCUGCUGGCCGCCGCAGCAUUCGAAGCUGGCAGCUGGGUUGUGUCGUUAUUUGUUUCCUCAUCUCUGUCAGCGGCAUAUAGUCUUGGUUUGCCUUCGUCAAUCCACUCCUUUCGCAUGAUUUGGAUCCGUUUCGAGUGGCCUAGCUUUUCGAUCAUAGCGAGACCGUCUGCGAAUUUCGCGCGGGGGUAGAGGUCAUCCAGCCAGAGCUGGUAAAAGUUGAGCAGGCGCAUGGCGUCAGAGUACUAGGGAAAAUAAUAUACGCAUUAGAUAUCAGUAUCAGCAGAGCGCAUACCAAGCAAUUUCAAAGGGUGAAUUGAAUGGCUGUAUUAUUAUUUAUUACCUCAUGGCCUUUCCCCCUGAACUUGAGCUUGGUUUUUGCAUUCUUGCGUAGCUUUGGUAUUCCGGCUGGCGAUAGUAGUCUGAAGAUCAUGUUUAGCAAAGCGACCCAGAAGCUCCCGCAUGCAUGCUUUUUUUUUUUACCGUGCCUCGUCCAGUUUCGCAACCGGUCGUCUCUUGGGCGCAACUUUGAUCUCCUCAUCUAGACCUAGGCUAGCACCGUUGGAGUCUGCUGGUUCGUCAUUCCUUCUUGAUGCUGGGUUUGACGAGUCGUUAUGUUGGUUCAAGUCGGUCUGUUCCAGGAUUUCAUCCAGCCCGACAUCGUAAUCGAAAAGGUCGUCGACUGUACCUGGUGUAUGGUGUCCGCUAGUGUCGGCACUCCGUCCUCGAGCUUCCAUGGCUGCUUUAUUGCUUUAUAUUUAUUUUCAUGAAAAACAGGGCAAUGGUAAAAAUUCG